UCAUAGGACCUGGGAUUGUACUCAAAAGUUGUUGUAUCAAGAGAAAAUUGUUUGCUUUAUAGAGCACUGGUUUCAAAUGAAUUAUGAAUGAUAACAAAUGACAACAGGGGAGAGCCUGCAAGAAAACAUUGUCAGUUUGCAAUCCUCUGAGACGAGAGUAUUCAAAAUUGUGAUGAUAGCGUUGGUGGGAUCCUUGUGAGACUAAUUGAGCCACUGGGGGCAAAAAAUUUGUAGUGUGAAAACAAAUUCUCUGUGGUGUUGUAUUAAUUAUGAGAUUGAGAGAAUUACUUAGACAUUAAUGAUUAUGACUUUGACACUGGUCAGAAUGUUUUUAGAGUGAGGAGUUGGAAUGCUUUUGAUUGCUACAUUAGAUACAUUACCAGAUCACAUAACUGUUAUUGUUGUAUUGAAAAACACUUCUGAAAACACAGUUACGUUAAACCUGACCUCUGACGUGGACUUCAUGACGACAGUGUUCUUCUUGUAAGCCGUCAGCAGCAAGAUAGUGGCUUGCAUCUCAGCAGUUCCAGCAAAGCGAACUAAGUGUUUGAAGGAGAAGCUGAUCGUUCUCUCUGACAGAUUGCCAGUUACUUAUACAACCUCUGUGCUUGCAGCAAAGCACAUUGCCAUCGCGCCUCAGGGAAAGGAAGCUGCACAAAUAUAUGCUGUACCUUACAAGCUGGUUCUUAGAAACAGGCAGUUGACAAGAGGCCGGUGCUACUGAGAAAUGGAAGUCUAAACCUGGAUGGAAUUAACCUGACAGCACCAAUAAAUAAUCACUGGAAUAAGAGAAUCUAGGAAGUAGAGUACAACUGGAGUGGCUCUGAAGUACACAGUGUGGAUAUAUUUAGUUCUUUGGGAUAACUGAAGCCAGAGUUCACCUUGAGGAGUGUAAGUGCAUGCCACUAGGUAUUUGCUACCUCAGUGGUCAUUUCUCAGUCCACUGCUCCUAUAAAACUACUUGCCACCAUGAGGUGGCCAGAUGCUUUGUUUCUUCUGCAUAUCUUCAUAACUUGUCUCAGUAUGGUGGGAAGUGCACCCACGCCAGACUCUACCCAGAGGUCCUCCCAACACAGGCGUCAUCGGAAGCACAAGGCUCAGUCUGAGAGACAGUUACGGAUGUUACACCGUUUGAUCAAUCACAUUAUGCCAAAUGCAAAGAACCUUUUAACUUUAGCUAAAAUCAGAAAGACAGAACUUGGAGAAGGGGAAUCUUUUGGAAGAUACGCCGAACCUGAGGACAAUCAGCAAUAUGAUAUUCCUAAAAUAGCAUGUCCUGCAGCAGAAGAUGGUGUUGAAUUGCUUGCCUGUCCAACUCCUGACGCUAAUGGGAGAUUUAAAUGUAUAGAUGACCAUGCCCUGUGUGAUAAUAAAAACCACUGCCCAAAUGGGGAAGAUGAAGAUAGAACAAUAUGCAUGUUUCAUAAAAUGACAAUGAAUUAUAUCAACAAACUAACAGAUACUUUAAUAGAAGUGAAUUCAAAACUAAGGACACGAAAACGGAAAAAGGAUGACGAUUCCACAAACUCAUAGCAUUCUUCACCACAGUGCAGGGCAUAGUGGGUGUAUUUAUUAUUUAUUAAGGGUUGAAAGUCCAUCCUUGACUUUCUCAGUUCAACCAAAUCAGCAGCAUGUCCCUAUUGCUUAGGAUUCUCCAUUAACACAACUUGACUCACUUGAGAAGGAUGAUUGACUUGGGUCUCGCUGCAGCCAUUAAUGGAAAUGGGUAUUCAGCUGAGAAAGAUGAGGUACUUAAGAAUGAUCUUUUUACACAUACAAGUGGCCAUGGACAGGUGUAAAUCUCUUGCAUCUGGGAAGCAAAUUGUCUUUCCUGCUUUCAAUUUCCCACAGUAAAAAUCACUGAUUGAAAGGCAUCAUAUGGACAUUUUUCAAUCAUUGCCCAGGUCAAUAACCAGGGACUGUCUACAGCAUUGUCAUGAAGGCCAUAAUAAGAGUGGAGAACAAUGUGAAAGUGAAACAUCAACACUGAUGUUAAGAAAACUACUGCUAAGAUCUAGGUAUCUGUUUGGGAGUAGAGCCGGAAGUAAGAGCUCCAUUCAUGCAUUUGUUAAAUGUGAUAAAAGUUGUGCAAUCUUGAAGAUGUGACUUCGUAAAAAAUUGUUAACUUUCAAGUCACAUGCUAUAUGAAGCAUGAGGUGUGUGUGUUCCACCCUAUGACAUCAGAAGUUUUUACUUUGCUGCACAUGGCUGGUUGCUGAUUUUGAUCUUCAAAGCAUAGAUCAUGUUCCACUAGGAAAAAAUGAAAACAAUUCUUAACGUCAACAGGUUUCUUAAAGAAACAAGUGACACCAUUGGACCCGCCUUAUCAACUUCAUCUGCCAAUACAGGAGAAGACAGCAUUUCAUUUUUUCCCUUGUAUUUACAAAUUAAAAGUAGAUAUCAUUGUGGAUUCACUUUUUAAUUCUCAAUCAGAGGUCAUAAGAUAUGUAACAUCUGCCAAAUGUCUCCUAAUAACUCUGUAUUAAGUAUUUUUGAAGUAACGGUAUAUACAGUGUAUUAUAAAGUUAUUCAUGUACACAAAAAGAGACAAGCAACUGUGGUUUGAUUCCAUUGAUCAAACCCUCACCCAAAAUUUCAUUCGCUCAUCAAUAAUGUUGUAAUAUCUGUAUAUUGUUGUAUGUAAAAUGUUGAAUUAUUUUUGUUAAAUAAAAGA